AUCCCUCUUAAACCUCCGUAGAAAGGCAGUUGCGGGCGGUGGUGGUUGUGGCCGGUGGCUUUGUACUUCUCUCUUUUUAGUUGCGUUGAUUUGGAAGAAAACUUCAAGAUAUGGCAGCGAUUUGCACCUCCGUGCAUUCCUUCACACCUACUUUGACUUCGAUAUCACCGCCUUCUCCGGCAGUACUGGUAGGAACCUCAAGACUAUCUUCAUCAUCAUGCAUAGCACUUUCAUCAGUUUCCAGAUUUCCUCGAUGCGCUCCUGCUUAUCGGAGGGCGUCAGCCUCCAUGGUUGUUUGUAUGGCACCGGACGAAGAGAGAUUGACUCGCCGGAACCCUCUUGAUUUCCCUGUCGAAUGGGAGAGGCCAAAGCCGGGAAGAAGGCCUGAUAUAUUUCCGCAGUUCAGUCCGAUGAAAACACCAUUGCCGCCACCAUUACCAUACGACCCUCCGGCGGAAGACGAGGAAGAGGAGGAGGAAGAGAACAAAGAAGAAGAAGAAGAGGAUCCUGACAAGGAACAAGCAGACUGACUGAAUAGUGGUAAUCUCUCCAUUUUUGUUUCAAAUCAUUCAGAUGUAAGAUGAUAAUAAUUCUUCAUGCUUUUGCCUUCUACUUUGAUUUCUAGAAUCU